AUGAGCGUUCCAGAAUGGACGCAUAUGGAAUGCGAUUGCUCCAUUUUCAAUGAAUAUCCUUUGACUGCAGAAAAUGAGUCUCUCAAAUUGAAGUUGCUCCAAAAAGCUCUUGAGUCACAAGAUACAGAGCCACUCAGACACCUCGUAACUACGAGAUCAGGAGCUGUGAACAGGGAUCAGCGUACAUCUGUCUGGCCCAAAUUGCUUGAGUUGGAUUGCUGGAAUCCUCCUCACCCUGUUCCGUACCUCAAGCACAAAGAUCACGAGCAGAUAACCAAGGACAUUGAGAGAUCUUUUGUGUUUUACCCAAAAACAAAUCCUAAUGAAAUGCUGAGAUUACGUCAACGGCUGGACAAUCUUAUCAACAGUACUUUGUGUGCCUACUCAGGACUCAACUAUUACCAAGGCUACCACGAUGUUGCCUCAAUCGCCGUUUUGAUUUUUGAUGACCUCACUGCCUAUAAAUUCAUGACCAAACUUACACUCAUGUACCUCAGAGACCACAUGCUGCCAGAUAUUGAGUCUACAGUCAGAGAGCUCAAGUUGAUACCCGAGCUUUUGUCUUUAGUGGAUCCCAAAUUACACGCUCUCAUCGGCUCAAUUGAACCUGUUUAUGCGCUGAGUUCGAUGAUCUCCCUGUUUGCGCACGAUAUCGCAGAUUUCGACGGGCUAUGUUUGGUUUGGGACUUCAUUUUGGCCCAAAACAGUGCUGUCUCGGCGUACUAUAUUUAUGUGGCGGUACUUGUCUUUUAUAAAGAUGAUCUUUUGAACGAUCUUGAUGACCUUUUGGGCAAGUCUUUCACGAGCGACGAUACGCUCACGGAAGAGACUGAAUUGGACCUCUCGGACAGAGACCUUAUCCAUGUGACCCUGAACAACUGGAUAAGUCACAAUCUCAAAACCAGUCAUCUUUUUGAUAUACUCAAGAAUGCCAUGCGGUAUAUGAACGAUUUCCCGCAUGAUACUUUGCGAACAAUGAAGGACCUAAGCAGAUACAGCAUGCUGAGGGCUUCGUACCUCGACCCAGAACUCAUCCUUUUGCAUACAAGAGAACAGAAGCGGUAUCUAAAACGUUCCCGUGUCUCCAAAGCACUCGUUUCACACCACAAAACUCUCUCAAUGGUUGUCAAGUGUUCUAUUGGUAUUGGCGUCGCGGGAUUAGUCCUCAAGUACUCCCUCGCUUCAAGCGGAUUCCGUCCUCGACAUCUUGGGGUCUUCAAUGCCGCGUCCUGGUGUUUCUCAUCGGCGCACGGGUUUCUCGAAACGGUUUUCAAUGGAUUUGCAGAGUAA